AUGCUGAGCCAGCUGCGCCUGCUGCUCCCAGCCUUGCUAGUGGGCCUGCUCCUGCUGGUGGGAGAGAUCUCAGCAGGUGAUCCUGUGGCCCAGGAUGUGGCCGUUAGUCGGGAGAAACGCGGCACCGUCACCCUGGACAUUGGCCUCCUCCUGCGCAACCUGCUGCUGAAGAGCGCCCAGCUGUCAUCGGCCAAGGCCAGUCUGGUGAAGACCACCCGUCGUCCUCGGACGACCACCACGACGACAGCAGCACCACCACCACCACCUCCUCCUCCUCCUCCGCCACGCAGUAGGAGACCCAUCUGGCAUCCGUUCUUCAGUUCCGGUUACCUGCCAUUGGACUACGAUGCGGACUACGCUGAUCCUCCAGCACCAAGUCCUCCUGCGCCGCCUCCACCACCACCACCACCACCACCACCCACUGCGCAGCCGCCCAGACGCCCAGUUCGUCCGCCAUUGCGUCCACGUACGCGUCCAACGCCACCACCACCGCCCCCACCUCCGCCGAACUAUGACUACGACUAUGACUACGAUGCCCCGCCCCCUGCCCCCACUGAGGCACCACCGCCUCCUCCACCACCACCACCGCCCGCUGCUCCGGCACGCCCAAGGCCACAACCACAACCACGGUCACGCCCUCGCCAGCAGCCUGAUCCCAACCAGCAGAGGCGUCCGGCGCAGCUGGGGGAUCGCCUUAUCUAUCAGUACGCACAACCUACUGAUACCUUCUUUAGGUCGCGAGCCGUGGGGGAGGCGGCGGAAGUCCCGGACAGCGGAGACAUAGACGAUUCGGAUGCGGAUACGGAAACGGAUGCUACUGAUCCAGCUGAAUCCGAACCGCCUGCUCCAACGGCUCCCCGAUUUUUGGUCAACUAUGAGAGCGAUAGCGAUUUUGGGCCACCGCCGACCGGACAGCAGGAUCAGGAUCAGAAUCAGAAACAGGAUCCACCUGGCGCAUUCGGAUUCCCGGCACCACCAUCACCUCCAGGCUAUUUCUCGCCCCUCGAACUUGGCGGCCUUAAUCUCAAUCGCUUCCCGACUCCCAACCAUCAGCAGUACUUCUACAACUAA